AUGGUAUCUCUAGGGCUGCAGAUUCUGGGCGUGGCGCUGGCGGUGCUCGGAUGGAUUGGAAACAUACUCAUCUGUAUCCUGCCCCUGUGGAAGGUGUCUGCUUUCAUCGGGAACAACAUCGUGGUGGCUCAGACUAUCUGGGAAGGACUGUGGAUGUCCUGCGUGGUGCAGAGCACCGGGCAGAUGCAGUGCAAGGUCUACGACUCCCUGCUGGCCCUGCCCGCGGACCUCCAGGCGGCCCGGGCCAUGGUGGUCAUCGCCAUCCUGUUCUCGCUGUUCGGCCUGCUGCUGUCUGUGGUCGGGGGGAAGUGCACCACCUGCGUUGGGGACAAAGUAACCAAAGCCCGAGUGGCCAUCUCCGCCGGUGUUUUCUUCUUGCUGAGUGGGGCUCUGUGUCUGGUGACCGUGUCUCUGCCUGCCAACACCAUCAUAAAGGACUUCUACAACCCCCUGGUUCCUGACGCCCAGAGGAGGGAGCUGGGCGCAUGUUUGUACGUGGGCUGGGGAGCAUCGGGACUGCUGCUGAUCGGUGGAGCUCUUCUCUGCUGUCAGUGCCCGUCAGGAGGAGACCGCUAUAAUGGAGCAAAGUACUCCGCACCUAAAUCCACAACGCCCGGGAAGGAAUUUGUCUGAGUGGCUGCAUCACAUGAGAGGCAUCACAUGACCGGCAGCAUCUGACUUUACACACAGUCAAAACAUGUGGCUUAUGAAGUUGUGAUUUGCAUUUUUUUUUUCUUCUUACUAAUAAGUGUGAUUUUUAAAGAUAUGUGCCAUGUUACAACAAUGCAACAUUAGGUAAUUUCUUUUGACAUUGUUUUGAUACUAAUUCAAUAUCAAACUGAUGAUGUUUUCAUUGAUGUUAUUUUUAUGUAUUUGUUGUGGGAUUUAUUUGUAAUUUUGUUUUUCAUUACGAUCAUAAACAGAUUUCUUUUGCAAAACCUGGUGGAACAUGACAAAGUACAUUUUCUUAAGCGAUAUGGUUCAGUAAAAGUUUUCAGAGAGUUAUUUAAUGCUAAAUUCCAGAGAGAAAUGAUGCACUUUGUAUACCAUAUAGUUACAAGUUACU